GAGGUUGGAGUAAAUUUUGGAACACGACCCCUAGGAAAAUUAUGUUUACGCGACACUAGCGCCGCCGCCUUGCUCUACGCCAUCGUGACUUAUAAAAAUGGAGGCCAUACGCAAUGCUUCGAAUCAUCGCAUCAGUGCUGUCGUCCCGUGCAACUGAUUUCAGCACGUCGUAAAGGCAGUAACACGGCUAGAAACUUGACGAAUCAGUCGCUAUCACGACGUCAGAGGCAUACAAGCUGCAGGGCUCACCAAUUGUGACAUCAACUUUGUGAAAAUUGUGCCUAAAAGUUUGCAGGCUGCGAUGGAGUUUCCAGAACUCGGCCAACAUUGCUCAGAAUCGUCCUGCAACAAGCUAGAUUUUUUGCCCAUGAAGUGUGACGCGUGCAAGAAGAUUUUCUGCAUGAGCCAUUUCCACUACGUCCAGCACAACUGUUUGGUGGGAGUUGCCAAGGACGUGCAAGUGCCUGUGUGCCCGCUCUGCAACCGGCCUGUGCCCAGCAAACGUGGGGAUCCUCCCGAUGUUGCUGUCAGCAGCCACAUAGACCGCGAAUGUCGGUCGGAUCCCGCCCUCGCCAAGCGGAAGGCAUUCACUAAUCGGUGCUCCAUGAAAGGAUGCAAGCAAAAGGAACUGGUUCCCGUGCUGUGCGGCCAGUGCAACCUCAACCACUGUCUCAAGCACAGACAUCCUGACGACCACAGCUGUACUGGCAGAGGACUGUCUUCCUCUGGUGCUGCUGCCAUGGCGAGGUUGCAGCAUAGAACGACCAACUCACCUGCAGCCCAGACCAAGAUGAUGUAUCGGAGGACUUGCGCAACGACCCAGAGGCCACCUGCGUCCCCGCAGAGACCGUGCACAGUAGAUGAUAAUUGCGUCAGUGCAUCUGUGCUUCAGGGCAACCUGACAGAGGAUGAAGCUCUUGCGCUGGCACUGCAACAGUCGCUGUAUGAAGCAGAGUUCCCGGAAGAUGGCAGUGACCAGAACGCACAUGGUCGCAGGAGCCAGGGUGCCCCACAUCGGAGGGUAAUGGCGCCUUUUUCUUCUUUGUUCUUCCUUAGUGUGCAUGGCAGAAGUAAACAUGCGAUUUGGUUCUAUGAAUGUAACAACCAUUAAUGGGGCCGUCAUUAAUCGCCAAGUUACAAAUAAAAGUGGUCAUUGGCCAAGCAAGUACACUGGAUAAAAUUUUGAUGCUUGUCACUGAGCUUGUCCAUUUUGUGGGGGCUGCUUUGUGCAUCGUACCAUGUGCACUGCUGCCAAAAAGUGUUCAGUUGGGUCUUCGACGAACUCAAUCGCUGUAUUUGGCGGCAUUCCACCUGUAAAGUUGUACAACAAUCAUGUUCAUUUCUUUCGUCUACUUCUUUUUCAGCAUCAGGAAAAGAAUUGCAGCGUCUCCUAGUUGGCAACUGAAGAAUACACAUGAGCGAUCUAGGUGUACAAAGCCUUUUUCUUUUUUUUUUUAACGAUGCAGCGUGCAAACAGUGGUAAAACAAGAAGUUUCUGUGCCUUUUCCUUUUUUUUUUUUUAACAUCGGAGAUCUUUUUUUAACACCAUUCUACAUUCCAGCAGCCUUUUCAGCCCAAGCACACAACAAGAUUGAGCAACACUUUUGCAAACUCUUUAUUAUUCCGAAAUAAAAAGUCUGAAGAUUC